AAACCGAAAUAUCUGUCUGUGUUUACCAAACUGUCUGACACAACAUUGAAUUUUCUUUAUUCACCACUUAACUCUUUUCUCCAUCCUCAGUAUGCAUUUUCCGUCCUUAUAAAUCACUUGCAUCAUAUCUUCUUCUUCACCAAUUUUCCUACACACUCUCUCUCUCUUUCUAAAGUGUUUGUGUUCUUGCCAUACUUGCAACGAAUGGAGUUGGAUAACAUUCUUGAUUUUCUUGAUAGCAAGAGCAUUUUAAUCACUGGUGCCACUGGUUUUCUUGCUAAAAUAUUUGUGGAGAAGAUACUCAGGGUUCAACCGAAUGUGAAAAGGUUAUAUCUUCUUGUGAGGGCUACUGAUGCCAAAUCUGCUUUGCAACGUUUCAACAAGGAGGCAGUGGCAAAGGAUUUGUUCAACAUCUUGAAAGAGAAGCAUGGUGCAAAUCUUCAGUCUUUCUUGUCAGAAAAGGUAACUCCGGUGGCCGGUGACAUCACCUACGAAAAUCUUGGAGUAAAAGACUCUGGUUUGAUUGAAGAGAUGUGGGGUAAUAUUGAUGUUGUUGUGAAUGUAGCUGCCACCACCAACUUUGAUGAAAGAUAUGACAGUGCAUUAGCUUUGAAUACAUUUGGAGCUAAAAAUGUUUUAAAUUUUGCUAGCAAAUGCGCUAAAAUAAAGUUGCUUCUUCACGUAUCCACUGCUUAUGUCUCUGGUGAGACACCCGGGCUCAUACUAGAAACACCGUAUCAACUGGGAAAUGCACUUAAUGGUGCGCAUGGGCUUGACAUCAACACAGAGAAGAACAUCAUCGAAGAAAAAUUAAAAGAACUUAGCUAUGAUGAAACAGCUACCGAUAAAUCGAUUACAUUGGCCAUGAAAGAUUUGGGUAUUGAAAGGGCAAAUAAAUUCGGAUGGCCGAAUACAUAUGUUUUUACCAAGGCAUUAGGAGAAAUGAUUCUCGGACACAUGAAAGGAGACAUGCCAUUAGUCAUUCUUCGACCAACUAUCAUCACCAGCACCUACAAAGAACCCUUCCCUGGUUGGAUCGAAGGCAUACGAACAAUCGAUAGCUUGGCAGUUGGUUAUGGCAAGGGCCAGUUAUCAUGCUUCCUUGGCGAUCCUGAAUCCGUAAUCGACGUGAUACCGGCAGAUAUGGUGGUGAAUGCUAUGAUUGCUACGAUGGUAGCUCACGCAAACCAACCAUCAUGUGAAAUAAUAUACCAUAUUGGAUCAUCGGUAUCGAACCCACUGAAGUACAAAUCAAUUCAACAAAGUGGGUAUAAUUAUUUUUCAAAGCAUCCAUGGAUUAACAAAGAAGGCAAACCGGUUAUAGUUGGCCAGGUUAAGGUGUUGAACUCCAUGGCUAGCUUUCAAAGAUACUUUUCUCUGCGUUAUCUGCUUCCGUUACAGGGGUUGCAAGUUGCGAAUUUAGCUUUAUGUCAUGCAUUAAAUGGAACAUAUUCAAGUCUUAAACGAAAGACCAAUUUUGUGUUGCGGCUAGUGGAGUUAUAUAAACCCUAUUUGUUCUCAAAAAGCUUCUACGAUGAUAUGAAUGCUGAAAAGCUUCGUCAACUAGUUACAGCAAACGGAGUCGAAGCCAGUAUGUUCUUUUUUGAUCCCAAGAUAAUCAAAUGGGAUGUUUAUUUUGAGCAUACACACAUUCCUGGUGCUGUCAAGUAUGUGUUCAAAUGAUCAUAGAGCUCAAGAUAACAAGUUAUGUCGUAUUUGCUCUCAUGUUUCCUUUAUAAGUGUUAUGAGUUAUGCUUUGCUUUAUUAUAACCAAGAUGAAUUGUACAAUUAAAAUUAAAUACGAUGACGAACAUGUGAUUGUAUGCAAUUUAUGUUUCAGAUGUGUUAGUUUAAAACUUUUC